UGGCAAGCCGGGUACAACUGGACCGGUUCUAGCUUUACUCCCAACGACAUUCCUCCUUGCCUCCUUGACUACUUCUUUCCGACGCGAUUCUUCGCCCAAUUUUUUGUUGUUAUCUCCAGCGAGCUCUAACACCAACACUACGCCGACACGCCUCCACCAUCUCCCUCACGAGGACAAGACUCCUUGUUUCUUUUGUACCUCUUGGUCGACCUUUGAAGCGCCAUUGUCGACGAUUUCCACUUGUUGUUGCUGCUUUGACUCUACGUGACUCAAUUCGUGACUCAUCUGUGACAUCAUCCGGUACUCAAAGCACAACACCUCCACUUCUAACAUGCCUGCCACCACCCACGCCGCCUACCUUGCUGAAUGCAACCACGAGACCUACUUCGACACUGCACUCAACACAAUCUGCUACAAUAUUGAUCUCUACACUCCCAUAUCCGACCUUGAUAUCUCCAUUCGGAUUCGUGGCGCCCCUUCCCGUACUUCAAUUUACCUCUCCUACGACGACUGCCAAUACUUCUUUGAUCGCCAUGGACGCGUGAUCUCCGACCGCCGUCUCAUGUCUUUCAUCCGUUCCUUGAUUAGGGGAGAGUACGUUGCUCCUCUUGAUUUUGACCGCGACGUUGAUAUCUCCAUCGCCAAAUACUCCAUCAUCGUACCCCUCUCUGAAGCUUCUCUCGCCUCUGCACUGUACCAUGCACGUAACAAUAUGCAUGCUGGUGUCGAGAUUCUCCUUAGUGACAGGUUCACGCCACGACGCGCGCUCAAUGCUCGCCAUUCCAUCAACAAUCUACUAGCUCCUGCCGAUGCUUUUACAGUUGAUCCUACUACAGUAUCUACAGAACCUACAGUUGCCUCUGCUCUGCCUUCGAUCGUCUCUGCUCCAGCUCCCGUAUUCCCUUCUGUUGCCUGGAUUCCCUUUACUCUCGAGGCUACCCCUGAUUGGAUCCCUGGACCUUCCAUGCCAGCUACCAUCAGUAUUGUCAAUCCCCUCCUCCCUAGUUUCAUCAAACCCACCCUCUCUACUCUAUCUGAUGACGACCCAAUUACUACCUUACAUGGUGGUGAUUCCCAUCUACCUGUUGCUUUGCUUCUUACAUCCCUUGGCACACCACCAUCACAUUUUCUUUUACCACCGGCUGCAAUUGCCCUACAACCUCUCCUUUUGAUGUAUUCCCAUACCUACAACCUUAUCCGACUACUCUACAACAUACUCCUGUGUCCUCUCUUCUAG